AAAGCCCCCAUCAUUCACGACAAGAAACUCGAUGGACAAUCGUCUCCAGCUCCGUUCUCACUAUAUUUGCGUGUAUCUACACCGCCAUUCACCCUAAUAUUCCGAGUCCCAAAGACAACACCCUUCAUAUCCUACGGCGGGCGACUUGGGAUCAUGAUAAUGGCACUUCUCGCUCCAGAACUAAUUGUCGCAUGGGCUAUGCGUCAGUCGUUCAGUGCUCGUCAGGUUACAAGACAGUUCAAGGAAUCGGGGUAUCCCAGCGUGGUCCGAAGUCGGAGUCUCAUGAAGAAAAGGAAUCUGUUGAAGUACCUCAGCCUCGCCUUCUUCGCUUCUUUCGCCUCCAUCGCAUCUUUCACCUCCCUCACUUCUUUCGCCUCCUUCUCACAGUGCUUGCUAAAUGUGCAUUAUUUGUGCCGGCGUUUCUCUGGCAUUUCCCUGGUGCUCUUAUGAGGUGGGUCAAGGGGUUGGCUAAGGCUGAUCUCUCAGAGAAAUCUGAAGAUUAUACGUGGACUCAGACACACAGCCUCUUUGUGCUGAUGGGUGGUUUCAUGCUUUAUGUGGACGGGAACCCCUACCACACACUACAGCCUGACGAGAUCCUCAUGCUGAUACGUGACAGGUGUAUCGACGCCCCUACCCUGACAGCAAACCAGAUCCAGGACAGGAGCAAAGGCAAUGCGAUAUCGAAAGGAUUGGUCAUCAUUCAAGUGGCCUGGUUUGUUAUGCAACUCAUCACCCGCGCCAUCUAUCACCUCGAAACCACCCAGCUCGAAGUGGGGACACUCGCUUUUGCGGUUCUCAAUUUCCUAACUUAUGCUGUGUGGUGGAACAAGCCUCUCAACGUGAAAUGUCCACAUCCAGUGUACUGGAAGUCGACCGAAUCAAGGCCAGAGAAUUACAUUGAUACCAGUGAUAGAGAUGAACUCGCUCGGCUUGGGAUCUUGGCUCCAGUUUCCGCCCAAUUAUAGAACUGUCGGGCUUGCUCAGUGCUGUUCCUACAUCU